UAAAGUGUGCAAUUCAGUGGCUUUUGGUGUACUCACAGAUAUGGGUGGCCAUCACCACACGCGAUCUUAGAGCAUCUUCAUCAUCUUCAAGAGGAAACCCCAUACUUUCUAGCUAUCAUCUCUUCCUGCAUCUCCCCAAGUCCUAAGCAACCACUACACGACUCUGUAUCUAUAGAUUUCCUUAUUCUGGACUUUGUAAUGAAUGGAAUCACAUACUAUGAGGUCUUCAGUGACUGGCUUCCUUCACUUUGCAUAACAUUUUCGGGUUCACCUUGUAGCAGGUCUCAUCCCUUUUAAUGGCUGAAUAAUAUUUUGUUGGAAGGUUAGAUCACAUUUUGUUUAUCUAUUCAUCUGUUGAUGGACAUUUGGGUUGUUUCUACCUUUUAGAUAUUCUGAAUAAUGUUACUAGAAACCUUUGUGUACCAGUUUAGCAUGGACAUAUGUUUUCAUUUCUCUUGGGUGUACACCUACGAGUGAAAUCACCGGGUCAUAUGGUAACUCUAUGUGGAAUCCUUUGAGGAAUUUGUAGACUGUUUUCCAAAGUGGUUGCACCAUUUUUCUUUCCCAUGAAUGGAUAUAUGGGUGUUCUGAACUUUUUUAAAGAUUUAUUUAUUUAUUUAUUCUACAGAGAGAGACAAAGUGAGAGGAGGAACACAAGCAGGGGAAGUGGGAGAGGGAGAAGCAGACUUCCCGCCAAGCAGGGAGCCGAAUAUGGGGCUCGAUCCCAGGACACCCCUGGGAUCAUGACCCGAGCUGAAGGCAGACACUUAACGACUGAGCCACCCAGGCGCCCCUGGGUGUUCUGACUUCUUGACAUCCUUGCUAAGACUUACUAUCCGACUUUUUGAUGGUAGCCAUCCUAGUGGGUGUAAAGUAGUGUCUCACCAUGGUCUUGAUUUGCAUUCCUUGAUGGCUGCAUUUCCCUAAUAAUGUCUGUGCUCAUCUUUGGACUGCCCCAGCUUCUAUCUCCUCUCUAGUGUGGUGGAGCAGACAGUGAUAAGAUGAGCCUUGUCUCCUAGGAGCUAAGCCUCUUCGCCCAAAUGUAUGUGUUCCAGGUGCUUCUGACAGUUGCUGAUGGGGGUGUGCAGGCCAGAGCCCUAUGGGCCUCCUGCUGUCCCCAAGCAAAAUGGCUCUGGGCAUUGGGUUGACACCAGACAGUGGUUCCCAUGUUGUAUAAACCAUGCUGUGGAUUGUGCAACCUGUGGCCUCUGGCAUUGGUAAGAUAUUGGGGCGAUGGAGGUGGGAAAGAGGCUGUUGCUUCCUUUGGGGAGGUGAUCUCCUGACUUCUUAGCUGCUAAGCUCUUUGUCAGUUUCCUACUUCCUCUACUGGCUUUCCCCCCAAAUCCUUAGGGCUAACAAACUUGCCUGGGAUAUGUGGACUUGAUUUGAUGAUCUCUGGUUUCAGGACAUCUCUGUGCCUCUGUCUUCUUAUCUAUAAAAUGGGGAUAAUGCUACCUGCCUUACAGCUUUGUUGUGAACUUAAAUAAUUUGGGCAAAGCUGAUACCUGUGUCUUUGAGAAGAAUAUGUUUCUGAUGUGUAAGUUAAAUUGGAGGGAAUGUAUAGCUGGUUGACAGACCAGAUGAGAAGCUAGUCCUGGUCCAGGACUAUUCUGAGGAUAGUUAACAUUUACUGAGCUGUUACUAUGUUCCAGGCACUGUGCCAAGGGCUUUACGUUUGUUCACCUCUUUAUUUCCUAUGAGGUAAGAAUGGUUACUAUUACUCUAUUUUACAGAUGAAGAAGUUGUGGAUAAGAGUGAUUUAGCAACAUGCCCAGGGGCACAUGGUUAGUACAUGAUGGAGAUGGGAUUUGAAUCUGCAUGACUCCAGAAUCUAUGCCCUUCACCAACACCCUUAUAUUGAAUUAGAUUAAUAGCAUACAAGCAGGUAGAGCUUCCCCACAGGAAGUCAGAAAGUUGGGUCCAGAGCCCAGAAGAGAGACUAGGUUAGAGGAAGAGGUAUGAGGUCAACCACAUGGAGGUAAUCGUUGAGUUAUGGGGAGUCCUCACCCCAGAUAUUUAAGUGGGGUGUUUUAUGACCCAAAAGUAUGCAGCCAGAGAGAAGGGUCAGCUGGUUAGGUCAAGCAAGCAGCCUCGGACAGGAAGAAAAAUGAGAGAUGGGGACAAAGGCUGUCCUCUGUUGGAGGUUUUAUAUUUUGGGACUGACUUUCAUGAAGCCUUGGCGCAUGAUCCAAACAUUAUAUUGCCAUUAAGUGAAGAAAAGAUCAGCAGAUUUCUCUUGUUGUUCUUAGGCCAUUCUCUGAAGUAUCUCUUGCCACUCUUCCCCUUUUCCUAAGUAGGGCUUCAAAAUAGGAAGUGGCUAGGAGAUGAAAAAGGAAGUAGGUGAGAGACAGAAACACAAAGGAAACUGGAGCAAGUAGCAAGUGGACACCACAGGCUCUGUCACAAGCACCUGGAUUUGCUGGGGCACCAGACAGAGAGACAGGACCAUGUGGCUGCCCCCAUUUCUGCUCCUUCUCUGCCUCUCAGGCUCUUUGUCCCUGACGGGCCCCAGCUCUGUGACAGGCACUUUGGGUGGCUCUCUGAGUGUGCCAUGUCAGUACGAGGAGGGAUACCAGAGGCAUAACAAAUACUGGUGCCGAGGAGAGUUCGGCAUAACAUGUGAGAAGAUUGUGGAGACCAAGGGAGAAGAGAAAGAAGAGAGGAAUGGGCGUGUGUCUAUCAGAGACCAUGCUGAUAACUUCACCUUUAUAGUGACCAUGGAGAACCUUACUACAGACGAUGCUGGAUCCUACUGGUGUAGAAUUCAGAGAACAUGGUUACCUGACCCUUUAGUCCAGGUUAAUGUGUCUGUUUCUGCAGGUCCUUGCUCAGCAGUGUCCACUUCUUGCUCCUGGUCUUCCUGAAGCUUCCCCUGUUCUUGACAUUGGUGGGUGCUGUCCUCUGGGUGAACAGGCCUCAGAGGGGCUGUGGAGGAAAUAAGCCUAAUGAGGAUAAUCCACAAUGGUACACCGUCCCCAGGAAUGGCCUGUCCAGGA